GCCAGGUUGGAUGGGAUCCUGAGCAACCUGGUCUGGUGGCUGGCAACCCUGCCCACAGCAGGAGGUUGGAGCUGGAUCAUCUUAAAGUUCCUUCCAACUGAAGCCAUCCCGUGACCUAUGAUUCAACAAUUCAACCAUUCAGCAAUUCAGUGAUAAAUCACACGCCAGUAGGAAUUCUCCCAGCAAAUGACAGCUGAAUGUGCUUAAGCCAUUCAAAAAGAGCAUAAUAUUCAAAGCUCUCUGCAGUGAAUGAGUUUACACCGCCAGGAAGCCAGCAGGACGGAGAUCAAAAGCACUUGUUAAGGACCUCAAAUAGCAGCUGCUGAAGUCAGUGGGAAAGGAUGUUUGCUGGCUUUGGCACAUUUCAGCCAAACUUGCAUCACCCAAUGAGAGGAAUUCAGAGUGAACGAAUGGAUCCGGCCCUGCCUGACUGCAGAGCGUUAAUAAUUGUGCUGAGCUCCCUGCUUCGGUUGCUAUUCACAACAAAAUUUUGGCCAACCACAAAUGAGCAGUGUUUUAGAUAUCAAAGCCUUGGAAUGGCUUGCCAGCUAAAUGCAAGAAAGUCUAUCUCUAAGCUUGUUUAAAGCCAAGACUCCCAAGGCACCACUUAGCACAUAACAAGUCAACUUCCUAAAAAUACAGACAUCUCAUAAUUACGGUGACUUCAUUCCUUGUCUUUGCUUUGUGCAUCAUAAGAGAUUUGAAUUCCCCAGUCCAAGCUAGCAGAGAAACUGCCCAUGUCUGCACCCAUAAAGGCAGCUGCAGUGAGCUGGGGAUGGAGAAGCCAGUAACACGAUAGAUGAUAUCAAAAUAAUGAAGCAGUCCCGAGUAUUAUGCUCUCCACUCUCUCAUGACAAACACAAUUCAUAGAUGCUUAGUUUAGCUUAGGAGCAGCCCUAAAGAAAGAUUAUUUUAUCUCCGUUUUACAACCUACUCAAAAUAGAGGGCUUUGCUCUCCCCAUCCCCAGCCCUGCACCUAAAUCUUAAAUCUUGUUCUUCCUACACUGCUCUAUCAUUUGUUAAUCCUGAUCUCUAAUAAAUGCCAUGUUUGAGAAAGAUGCAAUAGUACACAGGGAUAAAUAAAUUCAAGUUAUAUAUCCAAAUAAUCAUCUAGCAGCAACUGUCCCUUAUGCCUUGCCAGUGUUCCUCAGCCCUGAAUUUAAAGACAUCACGUUUGGCUGUGACAGGGCCAUCCAUCUGCACACAGCAGUUAUACAUCUUGCUGAGUACCCACAGCAGCAGCACUUUAUGGAUGGCUGCAGAUGCGUGGCACCAAUGAGAAGGAAAGAGUCCAGGAGGGCUGAGCAGAAGGUUAUUUGGGAUGCCUGGAAUCAAUGCUCCAUUGCCUGAAGAUGUUAUUUCAUCUGUUUCUCCAGUUUUUACACACUCACAGUGAAAUCAGGAUACUUUCCCGCUUUGCAGAGGUUUCAUAGAAUCGUAACAUCAUCCAGGUUGGAAAAGACCACUGAGAUCAUCAUUUCCAACCCAAACAGUUCCAUUAUUCUACACAGCCCAUACUUUAACCUCAAGCUGACUGCAUUUGGUAUUUCCCAGCUGACCAGCACAGAUUGGUCUCUGCCCUUAAUGUAGUGCCAGUAAACAGGAAAAGUUUUACAGGACUAAAAUAUGAAUGCGCUGUUUGCUCAAUGAGAGAAGGCAUAAAAGCUUGAGAACAGUUGGUUGCAAGCAGCCAUUUAGCUUGCAAGGGCCAAAAAGUGAGUGCUAGAGCAGAAGAGCUUCGGUUUGCCUUGUAUAGAAGUAAAAGGAGGAUGUUUCCCAAUGUGGGUGAAUUUCUUGCUGGCACAGAAGUGGAGGAGCUGGCAAAAGAGAGUGAAUAAAUCGGGUCCAUCUGCUCAGAAUUAACUUCUGAGCUCUUACAAUCCGCAGCGCAGCAGUAGUGCACAAAAGGAGCAUGAAACCAAGAGUGUGUGAGUUAUGGUUGAUCAGGACGUUUCCAACUUGGCGGAAUUUUCUUGUGGUGAUGUGCUGGUUUUGUCAAAUAGAAGCUUUUUUUCUCUAGAGCUUCAGUCUUCGUUCAGAGCAAGGCAAUGAACCUUCAUUAAAUAGCAAGGACAGACCUGCAUGGAAACCACCAUGUUGCCAUCCCAAGGCAGACGGGCUGAGCUCAUUCUGCUUCUGUUCUAACGCAGGAUGAAAAUGAAACAUGAAACUUGAGCGGUUACAAAACAGAUUUGUCCUCUCCCACUUGGCUCUAAUGAGAAUGUUUUUGGACAGAGGUCAGGAAGGGCAUUACAUAAACAUACAGGUCUAUUCCACAUCUUUAAAGGGAAUUCCUGCGUUGUCUACUAACCAUUAGUGACCAUCAGGUUGCAGCAAACACUAAGCCUGCAGUGAUUCGUACCUUUUGGACAGCCACUGCUAGGAGUUAGCACAGGUAGUCAAUAGCAGUCAAUAGCUUUCCUCCUGCCAUGGUUCUCCUGAUGCUAACUGAAGUGUUUCCACCCACCUUCCCCUCAAUGGAACCUACUGAUACUCUACACCCUUCCAGUUCAUUGCCCAGUUCCUUUUCUAGGGGGUCCCUGUUUGUGAAAUGCUUUAAAUGACCUCUCACGUAGGGUUGGCUCUGGUGUCAUGCAAAAAAAAACCACCCUAUUUUCUGCAUAGCAUUCAGGUUUUUAUUUUUAUUAUUUUUCUAAGAAAAAACCAAAGCGCAUCACUGCAGACAGAUUCUGAUGAUUUGAGAGUUUUGUUUUCUGAUACGCUGCAAAGAGUGGGAAGAAAAAACUGCAAGGCACAACAAUUCAUUUCUGGCUUUCUAUCACCGAAGCAUUUAUCGUUCAGUUCUCUAAUAUAGUCUCCCACUUCAGGCAGAAUGAAAGCAGAAAAACACACUUAUAGUUCUUUUAUUUAAGAGAAAAUGUAGUUUGUACAACUAAUCUUUAUGGUGUGUUUUUGCAGUGGUAGGAAAAGAACCCUCUGCAAGAAGCAAUGAACUUUGGCUGAUGUGAGCAGAGAUAUUUUUCCAGCCUCCAAGAGCUGGUUUAAAAUGUUUUUAUAUAUUCCAAGCACGGUCUUUACCAGAUCAAGCCAAUUAAUCAUAGAUUAUCCCUAGUUGGAAGGGACCCAUAAGGGUCAUCAAAUCCUCCCCCUUUAUCACCUUCACCUUUCUGCUAGAAUGAACUGCUGUCUGAGCCCGUCCUGUUAGAUCACUGUUGGGAGUAGAAGGUGCAGCAACAGUGUGCUGUGUGAUACCAGGAUACCAGGAACUCUAUUAUUAUUAAUCCCUUGAGCAAAUCACACUGAAGUAUGGACAAGAGUAUCCUAUACCAACAGUUGCAGAAGCAGUAACACUCUCUACUCUCACUCAAAGCCAUAAACAUACUUUAUAAGCCCAAUCUUCCCUGGAUCAAUGAUCUUUGCAAGGGAUUUUCCAGUCUGUGGGGCAAGAACUGAAGUGGUUCUCCUACUCCAGACCAUGAAUGCUUGUGUCUACUGCCUGGAAACUGAGUCAGGCACCUAAACAUAAGUGAUGCAACUACGUCCUUCACAUUAAGCUUAGGAGAAAGUUUCGUCAUGGGAUCCAGCACUCAAGAUUGGUUUCUCUGAUGUUGAGUCCUAGGAAUUCUGUGUGUUGUUUGAGCAUGGAAAGGGGAGGGAAAAAUCAUUUCAGUUUGGGUCCGUUCCUCAGAUUACAGAGAACAUUGUGUCCCCAGAUUCUGUCAAAAAUCAGCACACACUGGCACCAGCCAUCAUGGGAAGUUCUGUGCAUGUGGCAGCAGCUCUAAGGACACUAAAGACACAUUGCAUUUCCAGGAGUGAUCAAGAGCCAAAGUAUCGUCCUAGGUGUGUGCUAAUGACCACGUGUCAGUUCAGAAAGAAGCACAGAUGUCUGCUUACUGCAGGCCAAAACCACUUAAAACACUUAGAAACCACUUAAAAAAUAAAUAAAUAAAUAAAUAAAAACUAUGGUAAACACAAUGGCAAGAAAGUAAGAGAUAUCAAGGGAAUCAGUAGCAUCACGCCUCUGAGAUGGCAUUUAUUAGGUGAUAACAACCGCAUAAAGCUAAGGAAGUGUUCUCAACAACAAUAAACGCUGACUAUCUCCAAAUACAGGCAACAUAAAUGUCAGUCUGAGAGCUGAACUGAACCCAAAGGCCACGGCUGAGGCUGACUGGCCAUUGCCAGAUAUCUGAGCUGGAUUACAGAGCAUCCCUGCAGGAGAAGUGUUGUAUUUUUUGUGGUUCUUGUUUUCAUUUUCCCCUGUGUGACAGCAGUCAGCACAGAGCACAGAGCAGCUCAUGGUCCUGCUCUGCAGCCACAACCAUGAUGCGUCCCCUGCCUCCAGAUAAUAACCUGUCCAAACAGUGGGAUAUUCUGAUCCCUUUCACAUUUGUGGGUGGUAUUCAGUAUGUGGCCGGAUUAGUCCUUAGAAAGAAUCAGUGAGAAGGAUCCACAUUUGCUUAUAAUUGCACUCAGUUUCUUGAAAAGCUGCUGCUGGCAGCUCUGCUGUGGUCUGGAGAACAAUAAACAGCACCGUGGAUCAUUUCUUCUCCGUAAAGUGGAUUUACAGAACCCCAUUUCUUCUUUUUUUUCCCUGUCAUUUCACAUUGAAAUUUAGUAACUUUUGUGGCAGCGAAAGAUGUCAGAAAUCUUGGCUUAAUAAACAUCCAUUUUGAGGUAUUAAAAAGCAGGUAGGGAACUCUUGCCAUGUCUGUCUUCACACACAGGUGACCCAGGAGGCUCAAGCCAAGUAAGGCAAGGUCUGUAAGGCAAGAAAACAGCACAUCAUGCCUUCCUCUAUAGGAUUACACCAUGGGAUAGCAAAGCCAUCUCUAAUUCACACACAGAAUCUUCCAGGGGCACUGACUGGAGUGUAAAUAAAAUGUAUAGCACCAUUGAAUUCAACUCCUUAACAAAUCUGUGCUUUGCAAAAAUAAUUACCAUUCCUGACUGUUGAAGUUGUGAAAUGUCAGGCAGUUGGCAGAGUUUGUUUGGAUUUGGGGCUUUGUGCUGUUUCUUUGUUUUUCGUAAGAUGUUAAUUUGCCGUAAUUGUGUUAUGCAGUUUUAAGAGCCUGGCUCCAAGGAAGGGAAUUAUUGGUGUGUGCAUUUUAGUAAUAAUGAUUAGAGGGACAGGAAAAAAAAAGGAGAAACUGAGACAAGAGAAGGAACACAUUGCUAAAAUGCUCACAUCCUUCCCAAGAGAGCUGCAGUUUGUUGCUUUAAGGGGAAAAUUCUGCCUGUUGUCUCUCUGACACCUGUGCAUUUCUACAACACAAUUAAUUCAAGGCAAUUAAUGGAAACGAAGGCAGAAAUGGGCAGUGACUUGUGUUGUGACACACAUGGAAGCUGCGAACUCCUGCAGUUUGAGGUUCUUAAGAGGAAGAAUCCACCUGGGGAGGAAAAAAUAAAGCACAACUGCUUGUUGAUGCUACUGUAGCAAUUCCUCAAUAUCUUAAUUAGGAACACAGCGUGCUCUGCUCAGACCUGAAGUAGCUCAACCCCAUGUUGCUUAAGACAUAAUAAAGCAGAUGGGCAAAGGAGCAGGCAGGUGUGGCAAAAGCUAAAUUCACAUCCCACACCUGCCCAGUCAAAUCCAUAGCUGAGGGGCCAGGCUGGUGGGUUGGCUCCUAAAAGGCUGAUGUAGUGGCUUUUUCUCUUGGAAAAAAAAGGCUUUUACCCCAGGUUAAACCCUUCCAGGAGUUUGAGCACAACUUCAGUGCCCCACAGCCGUUUUCCAUAUUAAAGAUCCAUGUCAGGUUAGGGCAGAGGAAAAUGGCACUACAGGAAUGCAGCAACAGCAUCAUGAGAAAGGACCCAGCUCGACAUAGGAGACAAAAAAGAAAAGAGCAGAAGGGAUGAAAACUAAAAGAAAGGCACUUUUUUCUGGGUGGAUUUUUACAGCAGUGGGUAAAAAUCAAUCUUCCCCAGGCUAGAAGAUGGCUUUGUUCUCUAGACGUGGUUAGACUUGUUCAUAUCACCCAAGCAAUAUGUCAAGUCACUCCUCAUGAGUUACAUGGUAACUCUAACGUCUCUAUUGAUUAGGCAGCCUUCAGAACGGCAGCCAUACACAAAAACCAGGGCCCCAAAUCUUCACCCACUGCAAAGUGAAAAAGCACUGCUGGCUUUAAUGAAGCUGCCUGGCUUUACAUAAAUGCAUGGCUCCUAUCUGCCUGGCAAUCAGCCCAUGCUUAAGUGAGUCAGGAACACGGUGAAAAAGUCCCCAUGAAUCCCAAGAUGGAAAAUUUGAGACAUCUGUAAUACUUGGACAUCUCAUUAUUAAAUGGCUUUUAAAUAAACACACAAACCUGUCUUGUUUGAAAGCUUUCAGCCCAAUUUAUCUUCAGCUCAGCUGUGCUACAAGCUCCGGGCUCUCCUAAUCUCAAAAGGCAGAGCAAUGGGUCCUCUUCCCUCCAGCUGAGGUUUGCUACACAGCAUUGAGCACAGCUUGCCUUUGGGUGGCCUUUCUAUCUUCUCCAAGCAUAAGCAAAACCCCAACUGAACCCUGAGGGUUUAGCAGCAAUCUUCACCACUUUCUGAAAGACAAUCAGCUCCAACCAUACCAAAGCCAACAGCACCACAGAGAAGAGCUCCACCUCCUCCAGCAUCACAGGUUGCAUUUCUUGAUUUCCAGCAUCCCUGCUGUUUUUAUCCUCAAUCGUUAUCAAUACUAAACUUCUGAACUGGCCUUGUGCAAAGACUGCUCCAUCAGUCUCAGCUGUGCCAGUCAUCCUGCCCCAUCCGUCUUCAUCUGAUGGCACACAUGGACCAUCCUUUGUUCAGUGAACCUUCUGACCUUGGACUAUUUGCGGUCUCUGGAUGUAUGAGUUCUUCACUGCAAUGCAUUCAUUUUCUCUGAGAAUUUUCGUGGAUAAACAGCUGUCUGGCACUUCCUUCUGCUUCCCUUCAGUUCCACAAAGACAUCUUCCAGCAAGGGAAUUACUCACAGGGAGCUGGUAUGCCAUAAUACAGGGCUAUUAACUGCAGCUAUGAAUGUGAAUUUAUUUCCAUUGUGCACUUAAUAACUUGGAACAAGCCACCACCAUGAAGAGGUCAUAUGGACCAGUGACCUCAUCCUUUGCUUCCUCAAACAUGCCCUUAAGUCCAGGUAUCAUGUUCCUAUUUCAGAUUGCCUCCUUGAAGACAAGCAGGAGGAAUCAGCAGGGAUUUGCACUGCACACCUCCAGGAUUUCUCUGCCCAAGAAGGAAAGCCCCCCAGUGCCAGUCCCCAUGCUGCACACCCAGUGCUCCAUCCCAGUGUGCAGAUAACAGGCAGUGACAGCCAUGCUGCUCGUGUUCUUUCCUUCAUGCUCCAUUUGUCUGGUAGGCAAUUCUCUGUUCACAUCACCACAAAAAUUACUUGUUAGCCUGUACCACCAGAAUUGCUCUCUAGCCUGCAAACAGCAUCUUGCUAGCUGGCUUCCGCUGUCUGAUCUCUGCAGGGACUGGCAGUUUGCAUAGGGCAGAAAAAAAACCAACACUGAACACACCACUUGGCAUCAGAUAAGUGCUCCUUCUUUCUAAGCAAUACGGGAAAGGCAAGAGAUUACGGUAACGCAGGGAUACUGCCUGCUCCAGCAGCAGAGCAGCAAAGUUCCUGCUGCUCCUUGGCAGCGUGGAGCCGAGAGCUGUGAGUGGUGCUGGGCUCCCAGGGAUGCUGGAGCUGAGAUCCCCCCGGGCACUGGGAUAUUGGGAACCAGUGUGAGUCAUCACAAUGCUGGUGAGGAAGGAGAGGAGCAGGGGGUGUGCAGGCAGAGAGUCCCACCUCUGCAUGAAGAGAGGAGGCUGCUGUGCUGUGGGGCUGCCCAUCCCCUUCCAGAUGCUCAGAGCUGUUCCUUCUGCUACAGACUGAGGGGUUGAUCAUCUGAAAGCAGCACAGCAGCCUGAGUCAACAGCGUGGCAAACUUCACUCUCCUUCAGAGCCAGAAGCGGAUGAAAACCAACUUCAAGGAGCUCAACUGCCAGCUGCUCCACAUGCAGAGGCUCAGAUCGACCCUUUGGACCCUACAGAGAAGUGGUGGCACACGUCCCAAGUGACGCUGCAACAGCCUCCACCUGCCAAACUCUUUUGUAAGAUAGAAUCAAGGCUAGCAGACGGUAAUUAAAAGCACGAGUGACUGUUCCUCUUUGGAGAAACCUGGAUUUGAGACCCUAUGGAAUAUUUUUGCUCCUUAAAUAUUCCUUCUUCCCAAUUAGAUAGAAAUGACUUGCACCUGUGAUUAUAAUACUUCUCAUCGCAUAAUCCUGGAAAGCAGGAAAAGCAGCCUCAGUUCCAUGUAGCCUCACUUCUGCACCCCAGGAACAAUGCAAAAGGGGUUAAAUCUGACUUGGAAACGGAGGCAGUUCGCUGUGAUAGAAUAGUAAAUAUCUGGGGAGAAAAGAAGGCUUUUGACUAUAUUUUUGGAUCCUUCUCAUUGCUCCUGGUGCUGCACUUCUGAAACUUCCUUAAAAAACAAUUCCACCCAGCAGAACCAGGCGAUGUUGCCUGCAGGACGUUCUGAGGACUGAUCCCAUCACUUCUUCUACCUGAAAAGGGCGUGAAGUACAGCAGCCUUGCAUGACCGUUGCCAGCCACUCACCAUGGUUUUCCUCUCUGGGAACUCAUCCGACUGUUCCAACUGCACCCACUCUGCAGGACCCGUGAACAUUUCCAAGGCCAUUUUGCUGGGUGUUAUUCUAGGGGGGCUGAUAAUUUUUGGGGUUCUGGGUAACAUUCUGGUUAUCCUCUCUGUAGCCUGUCACAGGCAUCUUCAGAGUGUCACCCACUACUAUAUAAUUAAUCUGGCUAUAGCCGACCUCCUUUUGACAUCCACUGUCCUGCCCUUCUCAGCUACCAUGGAGAUUUUGGGCUACUGGGUCUUUGGGAGGAUCUUCUGCAACAUCUGGGCAGCUGUUGAUGUCCUUUGCUGCACCGCUUCCAUUAUGAGCCUCUGCAUCAUCUCGAUAGACAGAUACAUCGGGGUGAGCUACCCACUGCGAUACCCCAGCAUCGUGACGGAGAAGAGAGGCCUCCUGGCUCUGCUGUGUGUGUGGGCACUGUCUCUGGUCAUCUCCAUUGGACCUCUUUUUGGAUGGAAGGAACCAGCACCAGAAGAUGAGACCAUCUGCCAGAUCACUGAGGAGCCCGGCUACGUGCUGUUCUCUGCACUGGGCUCCUUCUACCUCCCCCUGACCAUCAUCCUGGUGAUGUACUGCCGGGUGUAUGUUGUGGCUAAAAGGGAGAACAAAGGUUUGAGGUCAGGGCUGAAGAUGGAGAAAUCUCGUUCUGAAGCAGUGACCCUACGGAUCCACCGCAAAAAUGCUCCCGAAACGAGCGGGUCCACGGCCAGCUCUAAGAGCAAGCAUCACUUCUCCGUGCGUCUCCUCAAGUUCUCCAGGGAAAAGAAAGCAGCCAAGACCCUGGGAAUUGUUGUGGGAUGCUUUGUUCUGUGCUGGCUCCCAUUUUUUGUAGUCAUGCCUCUUGGUUCUUUCUUUCCUACAAUCAAACCCCCGGACACACUUUUUAAAAUAACAUUUUGGCUUGGAUAUUUAAACAGCUGCAUCAACCCCAUCAUCUAUCCAUGCUCCAGUCAAGAGUUUAAGAAAGCGUUCCAAAAUGUCCUGAGAGCGCAGUGCCUCCCAAGAAAGCACGCAGCAAAGAAGCAGUCCCCAAGCUUCAACCUCAACCAUCCCAGCAACCAAAGCAUGGGAGGUGGCAAAGGUGUGGUCCGUAUCCCCGUCGGCUCAGGAGAAACCUUCUAUAAGAUUUCCAAAUCCGACGGGGUCUGUGAAUGGAAGAUAUUCUCCGCCGUGCAAAGUGUGCCGACCAAAAAUGUGGUUCCUAAAGACCAGUCCAGCUGUACUGCUGCCAAAGUGAAAAGCAAAGGUUUCCUCCAGGAGUGCUGCUGUGCGGGCACUUCAGGGAACGCGGUCCAUGAGAACUGCAAAGUGCCAACCAUUAAAAUACACACCAUGUCCCUCAGCGAGAAUGGGGAGGACGUCUAAAUGCUCUGACAGUGCGAGGUCUCUCCCAUUUUAUUGGGUUUAUCCAUUUUAUUGGGGAUGGAAGUAGAUGCUACAGCAGUGAAAGGGGUUGGGAUGAAAUGAAUAGCAUGCUGUAAAACAGUACCACGCCUUGUGGGAGUGCUGGUAGCCUGAGGAAAGCCCUUAAAGACAGUGAAUGUCUGUAGUGGAUGGUGAGCACCCUCUGCUCUUCCAAGAGACAUGGUUUGCCUGAGAUUUGAAGGCCUCAUUUUCACUGCAUUUCCCCAUUUUGAAGUCCAGCUGCUCAUAUUUAGACACAGUGUGGGAGCAAGAGCCAACUACAAGGACCCUGUUCUGACUUCAGCAUGGGUACUUUCAGACAGCUCCAAGUUUAGAGCCAAUUCUGUGACUUUUGUUUGUUGUUUUUUUUUAAUAGAUGUGUGUACAAACGUUGAUACAACAUCCAGGAGAGCUGAGGUUGGGAGGCUCAGGUCUUGGGACAGUGUUUACAGAUCUCUGCUUACUUUUUGUUAAUGGACUGUGGAUGAGAAUGCAUUCCUACCAUGUCUUGCCUCUUCUGUUCAUCCCCAGAUUGAAAUGCAAAUCUACACGCAUCCUAAGUGUGUUUGAAAGCUUUCUGCGCUUUGAUGUGGGUCUGAUAAAAAGGAAAAGGAGGUAAGACACCACCAAACAAGGCUCAGAAAGGUCUCUUCUCUUCAUCUGUUUGCUUCCCUUGUUUCAAGUUUAGCAGAAAACCACCUCAAACCUCAGAAACUCCUUGCCCAGGUGCUUUCCCCAGUCACAUCCUAAGGUACUGCCGUGCCACAGUCACUGGAAAAGCUGGAUGUCCCAUUGUCCCUUUGCCCAGCAUUAUGCUACAACCCUCAGCAGUGCAAAGUACCCUAAGCCUUCCAAGCCUGUGUACCAUGAGGUCAGGAAUGUUAUCCUUCUUGAGAGCAGUGGGAGCUAAACCCAGUAACUGACUUAAGGCCAUACAUCCUCAUGAGAAAGGCCCUUCCUAUGGGAAUAUGGGUGAAAAAACAUUUGGAAGCCUGGUAUAUUUUAAUGCAGCUAAUCCAAACAAAUAAAUAAAUAAAGUGGGCUGCUCAGCAUCUGGAAAAAAAUAGCAGGAGGAAUUCUCUGUGCAGUAUUAGAAAUAAGCAGCUCUUGACAUGCCUCCUCCUGAGGCUGCCAACUGAAAAACGCAGCUUCCUUGAAACAGCACAUGAGCCUCCACUCGUGUCUCAGCGUCAGCUCCUGAGAUGUGCUGGGUAUGCACUGGUUUGGAAAGGAAAAAGGCUUAAGCUCAGCUUUUUCAGGAUGGGACCUUGGAAGGACAAUAACCUUGAUGAGGAAUCGCUCUUUGUUCAUCUCUCAUUCUGUAUGGUCUACAGCAUCAAAACAAAAUCUAUUUGUUCUCUCAUAGAAAUGCUGGGUCAGAGAGCUACAGAUUGUCCCAAACAGGUUAAAAUUAGAGAAGACUUCAAAUCCAGUCCUUAGACUCAAGUUCUUGUUUCUUUCCAUACUUGCAGGCAGCAUGUCUGUAGCAUUGUCCUGUUUUUAUUUAUAAUGAGAAAUCCACUCCACCCUUUGAGCUUUUCCUCAGGUUUUCAAUGAUUGGAAACCAGGAGUGCUAAAAUACCAUGAAAAAAAAAAAUAUUCUCAUGGUAUUUCAAGCCAAGACCAGAAGCAGAAAAGCUGGAAAUCUCAUAAGAAAGUCAUAUGAGACUCCAAGCCAAGGUUCUUGGUCUCGUGGGAUUCAAAUACGUGGGACACUCGCUUGAAUAAAACCUGAACUCUGAAACACUGAAAAAACACCCAUUAAAUGGAGCAAAACUAGUGAGACAGUAUCCCCACUGCAGCCAGGUGCUGCCCCAUUUGGACGGAUACCUGCUGUGUAACUCAGACCAAAGGGUCAAUGUGCCAUCUCUCCUUUAGAGCUGUGAGAUUCCCAGUCUUAGGUUUGUUGUAGGUUCCACAGUGUCGGGCAUGGGGUUGUUGUGGAAGUUUUCCCAUUAUCCAGAUAAAUGUCCCCUCAUUUUUUCCCUGCCAAGUCCAAGGAUAAAUUACACAUUGUGUAAAGCAAUAUUUUCCUUUGCCAGGCUUCCAUGGCAUUGCACUGUAUCUUACAAGCUACACCUUUCCCAGCUACAAAAGGGAGCUAAUCCAUAAACACCAUCAACUACUUUUUGAAGGUAUUCACAAGCAAAUGGUUUAAUGUAUGACAGCGUUAUGGAAGUCCAAGGUACUACAAGAGAGUUUGUGGUGCAUUAAAACAAAGAUCUCCCAUCACCUAGCUUGAUAAAUGUAAUUGAAUCACUUCUUUCCCAGGAGGAGGUUAUAAUGUUUGUAUUUGGGAUUCAAGUAAAAUGUCACGCAUUCUAGGCAGAGCGUGCUGCAUAUUUCUCAUACUGGCAGAGAAGGGGAAAAAUAGCUACGGGGAAAUGAAUUGCUAAAAAGAAGAACUGGUUAUUGCAAGCAAGUAUCAUAUCGGAAAUAACAUGUCUUGUAGUUGCAUGACGUGCUCAGAGGUCUCGUUAAUGCGGAUUACUGUCUGUUACACCGAGCUCAAAUCCAGGCUGACAAACAUCCUCUGCUUUAGCAUCACAACACUUCCAGGUCUUUUUCAGAGCCAGAAUGUCCAAGAGUUUACACCGCAAGGCAGAACUGAUUUUCCAUCACUCAGUGUGUCAGACCGAACAACAAGAGCUUCUUGUAUUGACCUGCACUGCGACUGUCAAAACUUGGCAGUUCUUCUUCUGAAGAAACAAGAAGAAAACAUCCUAAAUCUGGUCUGCAUCUCAGAUUUCCCUUUAGAAAGCAGCUCCACUCGGCUAAUAAUCACAGCAUCAUUAGUCUGUGGUACAAUGGAAACAUGCUGAAUAUCAUUAAGAACUCAGUUGUACUUAUCUUACAACUGUGGGAAUUGUACACAAGCCGGGGCCGUUAUUUUGUUGUUGUUGUUUGGAUGGGGGUUUUUUUGCUUAGGCAGCCUUUGGCCGAAAAAAAGGUUUUAUUUUUCCUUCUGUCUGCAGCAGCACUUGGCCUGCAUGUCAUACACGUCUGGCUGCCAAUGGUUUCUAUGGACAUUUCUUGAAAUGGGCACUGCAUUUUCUGAACGUGGUAUUCCAGUAUCACUGGGGUUUGUACAUGCUGUUUUUAUGGACUCGUUGUUUAUGAUGCAACUUGUUUGAACAGUUGUGCUGGUCAUUUCCCUAAACAACAUGAAUGUAUAUGAAAUAUUGCUUGGUGAACAAAUAAAUUAUUGGGGGGAAUGUGCA